UUUAAGAGAAUGCCUUCGUGAGCAAACGACGAAACAAAAACUAAGAACGUCCACUUGCAUAAACUGAGUGGCAGCAAUUGCGUAAAAAUGAAGGAGCAGCAGACUCGCAUUGGCUGCCGAAGAAAUGACGUAACGAUGACGUCUCGAAAGACUUGGAAUGAUCCACUAUGAAUUAAUUAUUCCAAGAAGAGACGGAGGCUCAUUGGAAUAAAAAGAACAUUUAGUGAAUCUUGGAAUAAGCUGGAGGAGGGAACAGUGCUUCUCGUAAGCUAUGAGUGAAGGAGGAAGAAACGUCAUAUUUUCUUUCAUCACCCCAUCUACUCGGCAUCACCAUAAGAGAUCCCUCAUAAAAGCUCUUCAGAGGCACAAAUGGUUCGAAGAAGGAGAUCUACUGGACACUAUGGAAAAAGGAGUUUUGUACCCCCUUAUUCAUUAUGCCAAAAUUUGCCCGAAUGUAAAUAAACCUCCAAUGUCGCUUCAAGAUCCUUCAGCUCUCGGCCAGGAGUAUCAUCUACAACAGGGUUUGUACGCGGAGGUCAAGUUUUCGAGUCCCAUCGCUGCCAAAAAAGAAGAACCUCAGGAAGAAGUGCCACGCAAAGCCUGCAUUUUCAUGGGCUUCAAGAGCCUGGACAGCUACUUCAGUGAGGUACUGGAAGAAAGCUGGAAAGACUGGACCGGAGCUCGUCUGGUUUACAUGAACCUCUCUGAUGAAUUCGGCCUGUCGAGGAUUUCUUUUUACAGGAGGGUGGCGCCCAGCGACGAGACAGACUUAUUCAUGUACAUAGUCAUGGUGGAAUGUGACUCUGUGAACACUCAGAACCGGAUGCAGCUCCUGGACUUUGUGCAGAGGUUGAGGGUGGAGAGGAUGAUGGGAUACCUGUCCGUGUACAGGGUGGAGAGGCUGCUUCCUUCCACUGCAAAUGUCAUUAACGGUCUCCUGACAGAGGCCGUCGUUGAUAGUUCAGGAAAGGUGAACAUAUGACAGCUGGAACAGGUUCUUGAACUUAUCACUGCGAAAGUGGAACAGCGGGAUUGAGUCUAUUCACACAAUUUCUCAACUGCGUGUGAUUUACGCAUCCGACGAAGAACCUGAUCGGUGAGCUUCCGUGGACGGUCAUACUUUCACCAAUCGAAUUCUUCCUCAAUGACUAUCAGAUGUGCGCAAAAAGCAUGCAGUGCGAAUGGCCUUAACAUGCCUCCGGUUGAAGGGUAUUUUUUUCCCUAACGCAAUGGUUUCCGACUUUUUUAAUUGUGUGGAUCAGCAAUUUUGUAACUUUGAGGCCUAAAAACUAUAACAGUAAAAAAUGCAAUAACAAAUAGACACCUA